AUGGAGGCUGGUUUGUUGACGGGUAUCAAGAACCUGAAGUCCUUAUUGAAGGCUACAAGUGAUUAUGAAAAGUUCAAGGUUAAAUAUCAAGAGUUAUCGCUGGAUUUCCAACUUCAAUUACAACUGAUCAAUGAAACAUAUGCUGCUGAGGGUCCAAAAAUGAGAAACUACAAAAGGAAGGAGUUAUAUCUCACUAGAUUUGAUGUUAUUAUUAAGCCAACCACGUUGAGGGUUAAAGAUAUAAAAGAGUUUAAUAUCGUUAGAAGUACAAUUAAUAACCUGUUGAAAACAUUGAAACCAUAUAAAAAGGAUCCUGUUAUUGGUUAUUUGUUUGAAGUAAGCUCUUACUUCAAUUUGGCACCACCUUAUUUCCCUGAUACUGGUAGAUCUCCCCUGAUUGAACUUAAACUUGAUAAUGAUGAAAAUAUGAACCCAUUCACCACUACUAAAAUUAGUAAAAAUGUUACUGAAACAACACGUUAUGGUCCAGUGUUGAUUGAAAAAUUUACAAAUGAUGUUUUCAAAGAUGAAUGGGAUGUUAAACUUGUCUUUGAAUUAUAUAAAUCAGAAUCCUUCAAGCUGUUAAAGAUCAAUAAUGAAUUGGCCCAAGCUCAGGCUUUCUUAAAUAGCCGCUGUUUGAACUCAUUCACUAAAAGAGAUCUGGUUCAAGUGAUCAAAUCCAACAUUUUCAAUCCAGUGCUGACAAUCCUUUCCAAUUUAGGGUAUUCUAUUACCAUUAGAGAGAAUUAUGAUUUGAAGAACGAUUUACCUGAGAAAUCAAAAGUUUCGGAUGUUCCAGAUGUUCAAUUUCAAUUGGUUUCAGAUAUGUGUCUGAUUUAUCAUAAACCAAUUAGUGAUGUUGAUAUAGCUGCUAUGACAAUCUUGGUUUGUGAACCAAGCACUUUGAAUUCAUAUGUUCAAGAUUUUUUAGAUGAUAAGGGGAAAAUUACACAUAAAAGUAAUAAUUUGAAGAAUUUAUUCACACAAGGGUUUUGUCAAGCUAUUUUCGCAUUGAAUAAUCAUGGUAUAAUAACAGAUUAUAAUCAUUUUUUACUUUAUACAAUUGGUAAUGAUGUUUCCAUGCAAACAAAGAAAACUACAAGGAAAAAUUUUGUAAAAGUUGCAACUUCUGGUUUCCAUUGUGAAGUUCUUGAUAUUAAAGAUGGCUCUACUAUUCCAAAAAUUACUUCAUUCGUUGUUGAUAAUGUUAAAGCUGUUGUUGAUAACUCAGAAGAAUGUUUGAUUAGACAUAUCAAGGAAUUUAUGAUGGAUUUAGAUUAG